AUGGAGGCCACAAAGAAUAUGCUUCUCCUCAUUGCUCUAACCUUUCUUCUUUCUUACACAGAAGCAAAUCCUUCCGGCUUCACCGUCAACUUGAUUCACCGCGAUUCGACGCUUUCUCCAUAUUUCAAUUCCUCAAAAACUCCCUACGAAAAUCUCCGCAACUCAGUCACUCGCGCAAGGGCUCGUUCGGCUCAUUUUUUCACACAAAAUCUCGAUUCAUCUUCCUCAAGUUUCCAAUCUCCUUUAACAGCAGAACCCGCAGAGUAUCUCAUGAAAAUCUCCGUCGGAACUCCACCCGUGGACCUCCUCGCGGUGGCCGACACGGGAAGCGAUCUGGCCUGGACACAGUGCGAGCCAUGCACGCAAUGUUACCAACAGGACACUCCUCUGUUCAACCCCGAGAAGUCUUCUACUUACGUGAAACAAACGUGCGACUCACAAGCUUGUCAGUCUUUAUCCACAACUUCCUGUGAUGAUAACAAUAAGUGCUCUUACGAGGUCUCGUACGGAGAUAAGUCAUUCAGUAAAGGCGAUCUCGCUUUCGAGUCGCUUACGUUCGAAUCGACCUCGGGGAGUCCUGUGGUUCUUCCGAAUAUUUCGUUUGGUUGCGGACAUAUAAACGGGGGUAAUUUCGACAAGUUUACGACUGGUAUUGUUGGUCUCGGUAAUGGUCCGUUGUCGAUUGUGAGUCAGUUAAAUGAUACGAUUAAUGGUAAGUUUUCGUAUUGUUUGGCGCCUCUGGGCGCGAAUGUGUCGAGCAAAGUGAGUUUCGGAAGCAAUGCAGUUGUGUCUGGAGACGGGGUCCAAACGACUCCAUUCUUUACAUCGGAUUCGGGCACAUUUUACUAUCUCGACCUCGAGAGUGUCAGCGUAGGAAAAACAAACGUUAAAUUUGAGAAAAAGAAAUACACGAGCAAUAAGGCCGGGGCUGAUGCUGGUAAUAUCGUUAUUGAUUCGGGGACGACAAUAACGUUUCUCCCGACUGAAUUUUACCAGAAUUUCGAAAAUGAAUUCAAGAGUAGUAUAUCUUCGACUCCAGUUGAGGGAGCGGAAGGUUUCAGCCUUUGCUACCGAAAAGAGCAGGGCUUCGAAGAAAAAGUGCCCACGGUGACAUUUCAUUUUAGCGGGGCUGAUUUGGAUUUGGGUGCAUCAAACACCCUUUUAGAAGUUGAAGAAGGUGUGCUUUGCCUGGCGAUUUCACAGGCUGAUGAUGAUAUGAUUUCAAUUUUUGGAAAUGUGCAGCAGAUGAAUUAUUUGAUUGGGUAUGAUUUGGUUAAGGAGACUGUGUCGUUUAAGAAAUCUGAUUGCACUAAUUUGUAG